UCCCAACACCUUGGGAGGAUGGCAGAAGGCACUGAUGGAGAGGAAGAGAUCCAGUUCCUGCGAACCGAUGAUCAAGUGGUGCUGCAAUGUACCGCAUCCAUUCUCAAGGAACAGAUCAAACUGUGUCUGUCAUGUGAAGGAUUUGGGAAUCGACUGUGCUUCCUGGAGACCACAUCUAAUGCUCAAAAUGUCCCACCAGACCUUGCAAUUUGUUGUUUCAUUUUGGAGCAGUCUUUGUCUGUGCGAGCAUUGCAAGAAAUGCUGUCCAAUUCCUCUGUGGAUGAGUCGUCACAAGGUGGAGGUAGUCGAACCUUGCUGUAUGGACACGCCAUUCUCUUGAAACACACUCACUCCAACAUGUACUUGAGCUGUCUGACUACAUCUCGAUCACUGACUGAUAAGUUGGCCUUCGAUGUGGGCUUGCAGGAAGACUCCACAGGAGAGGCCUGCUGGUGGACCAUACACCCAGCCUCCAAGCAAAGAUCUGAGGGUGAAAAGGUCAGGGUGGGAGAUGACCUCAUUCUAGUCAGUGUUUCUUCAGAGAGAUACCUGCACCUUUCCUAUGCAAGUGGUGACCUGAUGGUAGAUGCAUCCUUCAUGCAAACACUCUGGACCAUGACCCCUGUGAUGUCUGGUUGUGAACUUGCUGAAGGUUUUCUGAUCGGUGGGUAUGUGCUCAGACUCUUUCACGGUCAUAUGGACGAGUGUUUGGCCAUCCCAGGUGCAGAGCAGGGGGACGACCAACGCAGAGUUGCUCAUUAUGAAGGCGGUGCCGUAUGCAGUCAUGCUCGAUCCUUAUGGAGACUUGAGCCACUACGCAUCGCGUGGAGCGGAGGUCACAUCAAAUGGGGACAGUCUUUCCGGAUACGCCACAUAACAACAGGACGAUAUUUGUUCCUCGAUGAGGAGAAGGGACUUCUGUUGGUAGACCCAGAGAAAGCCAAUUCCAAGAUGUCCGCUUUCUGCUUCAGAAUUUCUAAGGAAAAAAUUGAGGUGGCCCAGAAGCGGGAUGUGGAAGGCAUGGGCAUACCGGAAAUUAAGUAUGGAGAGUCCAUGUGCUUUGUGCAGCAUGUGUCAUCUGGCCUCUGGCUUACUUAUGCAGCUGUGGAUGCCAAAUCUGCUCGUCUAGGACCUCUGAAAAGAAAGGCCAUACUCCAUAAGGAAGGUCACAUGGAUGAUGCUCUCACAGUUGCUCGAUCUCAGACCGAAGAGUCUCAAGCUGCGAGAAUGAUUUUCAGCACAACAGGCCUCUACAACCAGUUCAUCAAGGGUUUGGAUGCAUUAAGUGGAAAAAACAAAUCUGCCAAUCCACCAUCCCUGCCAAUGGAUGGGGUGGUGCUCUCACUGCAGGAUCUCAUCUUUUACUUCCGACCACCUGAGGAGGAACUGGAGCACGAGGACAAGCAGUUCAAGCUUCGCUCCCUGAAGAACAGACAGAACCUGUUUCAGGAGGAGGGAAUGAUUACCCUCGUUUUGGACUGCAUUGAUCGGCUAAAUGUGUAUAAUACUGCAGCCCACUUCUCAGAGUAUGCUGGCGAGGAAGCUGCAGAGUCAUGGAAGGAGAUAGUAAACUUACUGUAUGAACUAUUAGCUUCUUUGAUCCGAGGAAACCGGGCUAACUGUGCUCUUUUCUGUGACAACCUGGACUGGCUGGUCAGUAAGCUGGAUCGUUUGGAGGCAUCCUCAGGAAUUCUGGAGGUGUUGUACUGUGUUCUGAUUGAGAGUCCAGAAGUACUGAAUAUUAUCCAGGAGAAUCACAUUAAAUCAAUUAUCUCUCUUCUGGAUAAGCACGGGCGCAACCACAAGGUUUUGGAUGUGCUGUGCUCUCUGUGUGUUUGCAAUGGUGUGGCUGUGAGAUCUAAUCAGAAUCUCAUCACGGAGAACCUACUUCCAGGUCGUGACCUUCUUCUUCAAACCAACAUUAUUAACUAUGUAACCAGCAUGAGACCCAACAUUUUCCUUGGAACCUGUGAAGGAUCUACUCAAUAUAAGAAAUGGUACUUUGAGGUGAUGGUGGAUCAUGUCGAGCCGUUCUUUACCGCCCAGCCGUGUCACCUACGAGUGGGUUGGGCUCUGACGGAGGGCUACAGCCCCUACCCUGGUGGUGGGGAAGGCUGGGGGAGUAACGGGGUCGGUGAUGAUCUCUACUCCUAUGGCUUUGAUGGGCUUCACCUUUGGUCAGGGCGUGUACCACGGCAUGUUGCUUCUCCAAACCAGCACACUCUGGCAGCAGAAGACGUGGUCAGCUGCUGCUUGGAUCUAAGUGUGCCGAGCAUUUCCUUUCGUAUCAAUGGACACCCUGUUCAGGGAAUGUUUGAGAACUUCAACCUCGACGGUUUGUUCUUUCCAGUCGUCAGCUUCUCUGCAGGCGUUAAGCUGCGAUUUCUUCUCGGGGGACGUCAUGGGGAUUUCAAGUUUCUUCCCCCUCCAGGCUAUGCUCCCUGCUAUGAGGCAGUACUGCCCAGGGACCGUUUGCGGAUUGAGCCUAUCAAGGAAUAUAAACACGAUUUUAAUGAUGUCCGCAACCUGCUUGGUCCAACACAGUCCCUGUCUCACACAGCAUUCACUCCUUACCCCGUGGACACAAACCAGAUUGUACUUCCUCCUCAUUUGGAGCGCAUCCGAGAGAAGCUUGCAGAAAACAGUCAUGAGAUUUGGGCUGUUACGCGCAUUGAACAAGGGUGGACAUUUGGACUAUUUCGUGAUGACAACAAGAAGAUGCACCCCUGCCUGGUAGAUUUCCAGAGUUUGCCUGAGCCGGAGAAGAACUACAAUUUAGCAAUGUCUGGAGAGACGCUGAAAACUCUGUUAGCUCUGGGCUGUCAUGUGGGAAUGGGAGAUGAAAAAGCUGAGGAAAAUCUGAAAAGGAUCAAGCUCCCCAAAACUUACAUGCAGAGUAACGGAUACAAGCCAGCUCCUUUGGACCUCAACCAUGUCAAGUUGACUCCUAACCAGAACACUCUAGUAGAGAGACUGGCAGAAAAUGGACACAACGUGUGGGCAAGAGACCGGGUUCGCCAGGGCUGGACAUACAGUAUCGUGCAGGACAUAAUGAACAAGCGCAACCCCCGUCUGGUUCCUUACAACCUGCUGGACGAAAAGACCAAAAAGACCAACAGAGAUACAGUUUGUGCAGCAGUUCGCACGCUUAUUGGCUAUGGCUACAACAUAGAACCACCUGAUCAGGAGAGUGGGCAUGGACUGGGCAGCUCCCGUGGAGAUAAAAUCCGAGUGUUCAGAGCUGAGAAAUCUUAUGCUGUCACACAGGGGAAGUGGUACUUUGAAUUUGAGGCUGUGACCGUCGGGGAGAUGAGAGUUGGGUGGGCCAGGCCCAGUGUCCGUGCGGAUACUGAACUCGGUGCUGAUGAGUUGGCCUAUGUCUUCAAUGGCUUUAAGGCCCAACGUUGGCAUGUGGGAAAUGAGCCUUUUGGACGCCAGUGGCAGUCUGGUGACGUGGUGGGCUGUAUGAUUGACCUUACAGAGAUGAACAUCAUGUUUACUCUCAAUGGAGAAAUGCUGAUCAGUGACUCAGGCUCAGAGAUGGCUUUUAAGGACAUUGAGAUAGGAGAGGGUUUCAUCCCUGUGUGCAGUCUGGGCCUGUCACAGAUUGGUAGAAUCAACUUGGGUCAGAAUGUCAGUAGCCUUCGUUACUUUACUAUCUGCGGCCUGCAGGAAGGAUUUGAACCUUUUGCUAUCAACAUGAAACGAGACAUUACCAUGUGGUUCAGUAAAAGCCUCCCUCAGUUCAUCACUGUGCCCACAGAUCAUCCACAUAUUGAGAUAUCACGAGUUGAUGGGACAGUGGACACUCCUCCUUGUCUCAAGGUGACCCACAAGACAUUUGGGUCUCAGAAUGCCAAUAAAGACUUGCUGUUUUUCAGAGUCAGCAUACCAAUUGAGUUUCACGAAACCUUCAAAGUCCCAGCGGGAACAACGCUCUUAACCCGGGCUCUGACCAUUCCUGAAGAUCAGGUUUUAGAGGUUGAUCCGAACUCUGACUUUGAAAUACUGAAGAAGUCAGCUAGUCGCAAAGAGCAGGAAGAUGACAAGAAGGAAUCCUCUGUGCCUAAAGAGACCUUGGCCAUCAAAAACGGAGAGAAUGAGAAGGAUGCAUCCACUGAGAAAAGCAAGAAGAAAGGUUUCCUUUUUAAGGCAAAGAAGGCUGCAUUACUAACACCAUCCCCUGUCGUUCCCACUCUGCCUCGGUUAGUGGAAGAUGUUGUACCAGAUGACAGGGAUGACAUGGACAUCAUCCUGAACACCACUACUUAUUAUUACUCAGUGCGAAUAUUCGCAGGACAGGAACCAGGGGGUGUUUGGGUAGGCUGGGUCACGCCAGACUAUCACCAGUAUGAUCUUCAUUAUGACCUCAGUAAAGUAAGAAACGUAACAGUCACUGUUGGGGACGAUAGAGGCAACAUUCAUGACAGUAUAAAACGCAGUAACUGCUACAUGGUGUGGGGAGGAGAGUUCGGCAAUUCCCAACAAACUCGUGUCAGUCAGGAGGACUUUGUGAUUGGCUGCCUUGUGGAUUUGGACACAGGACUCAUGACAUUCACUGCUAACGGAAAAGAGAUAAACACCUUUUAUCAGGUGGAGCCAACCACAAAGCUUUUCCCGGCCGUCUUCGUUCAGCCUUCUAACCAGAAUGUGAUUCAGUUUGAACUUGGCAAGCUCAAGAACAUCAUGCCCUUGUCAGCGGCCAUGUUUCGGAGUGAACACAAAAACCCAGUUCCCCAGUGUCCCCCGAGGUUAGAUGUCCAGAUGCUAACCCCAGUGAUCUGGAGCCGUAUGCCUAACAACUUCUUGGCUCCAGAGACAGGCCGCGUUAAUGAAAGACUUGGGUGGAUGGUACAAUGCAUGGAGCCACUCACUAUGAUGGCCCUUCACAUUCCAGAGGAGAACCGGUGUGUAGACAUACUGGAACUGUCUGAACGGAUGGACCUGCUGAAGUUCCACUAUCACACACUGAAGCUGUACGGCUCGGUGUGUGCUCUGGGUAACAAUCGAGUGGCACAUGCUCUGUGCAGUCAUGUGGAUGAAUCUCAGCUCUUCUACGCUAUAGAGAGUACCUACCUGCCGGGGCCGAUGAGGAGCGGUUUCUAUGACCUGCUCAUCAGCAUGCAUCUAGAAUCUGCUAAACGCAAUCGCCUCGGAACAAACAAGGAAUUCAUAGUUCCAAUGACAGACCAGACACGCAGCAUCACUCUUUACACGGUUAAGUCUCAUGCUUUACCAGGCGUCGGCCUCACUACGUGCCUCCGUCCAAAACUCCAUUUCUCCUCCGUUGGGUUUGUGGGAACAGAUCCAGAUAUCUACACACUGAGUCCAACCAUUCCCUUACAAGUGUUAAAGACCAAGGCCCUGAACAUGCUGAUCGAAGCUGUCCAAGAUGGAAGUCAAGCAAUGAGAGACCCCGUGGGAGGCAGCGUUGAGUUUCAUUUUGUUCCAAUCCUGAAACUCAUCAGCACACUCCUCAUAAUGGGUGUGUUUGAUGAUGAAGAUGUCACACACAUCCUGAAAAUGAUUGAGCCCACUGUCUUUCAUACUGAAAAAUCAGAAGAGCCUGCUGAGGAGCCGUCAAAGGCGAACAAGGAAGAGAAACCACCAAAAGUAGAAGUGGUCAAAGAGGUGGAGCAGGAGGCUGUGGCAGCAGAGGAAGAGGAGUUUGAAGAUUAUGGUUAUGAUGAUGAAGAAGAAAUAGAGGAGGAGGAUGAAUUGGAGGAGGCUAAAGAAGAACAUCUCGAACAAGGACUUUUUCAGAUGAAACUACCAGAGUCUGUAAAACUACAGAUGUGCACCCUGUUGCAGUAUUUCUGUGACUGUGAAUUACGCCACAGAGUGGAGGCCAUCACUGCAUUCUCAGACAAGUUCGUCACCCAGAUACAGUCCAACCAGAGGCAUCGCUACAAUGAGCUCAUGAUGGCCUUCACCAUGACAGCUGCAGAGACUGCAAGGAAGACCCGUGAAUUCCGCUCUCCGCCACAGGAGCAGGUCAACAUGCUCAUGAACUUUAAAAACUGCCCUGACGACGAAGAGUGUCCUGUUCCUGAUGGGGUUCGUGAAUCCUUGCUGGCUUUUCAUAAUGCUCUGCUGGCACACUGUGGUGUUCAUAUUGAAGAGGAAGAACAGGAGGAAGAGGUGGAUAAUUCUCUACGUGGACGACUGCGUCGUUUGCUGGAAAGGGUGAAAAAGUUUCGGGAAAAAAACGUUGAGGUGGAGCUUGAGCCCCAGGAAGAUAAAAAACCAAGCACAUUACAGGAACUUAUUUCCCAUACCAUGAUCCAUUGGGCCCAAGAAUCAUUCAUUCAAAACCCUGAAUUAGUGCGUAUGAUGUUCAGCCUCCUUCACAGACAAUAUGACGGACUCGGUGAACUCAUGCGAGCACUUCCCAAGGCUUAUACCAUCAAUGAGGUAUCGAUACAAGACACCAUGGAUCUGCUGGAGUGCUUGGGUCAGAUCCGUUCACUGCUUAUUGUGCAAAUGGGUCCAGAAGAGGAGAGGCUCAUAAUUCAAAGCAUUGGGAACAUCAUGAGUAACAAAGUUUUCUAUCAGCACCCCAACUUGAUGCGAGCUCUCGGCAUGCAUGAGACUGUCAUGGAGGUUAUGGUUAAUGUGCUGGGUGGUGGUGACUCAAAGGAAAUCCGUUUCCCCCGAGUGGUGACAAACUGUUGCCGUUUCCUCUGCUAUUUUUGUCGCAUCAGUCGGCAGAACCAACGUUCCAUGUUCGAUCAUCUCAGCUACCUUCUGCAGAACAGCGGCAUUGGCCUCGGAAUGCGUGGCUCUACCCCUUUGGAUGUGGCUGCAGCAUCUUGCAUUGACAACAACGAGCUGGCACUGGCUCUUCAGGAACAGGAUUUAGAAAUGGUGGUGAAAUACUUGGCUGGGUGUGGGCUUCAGAGUUGCCCCAUGCUGCUGGCUAAAGGCUACCCUGACAUAGGUUGGAAUCCCUGUGGUGGAGAGAAAUACCUUGACUUUCUUCGUUUUGCUGUUUUUGUCAAUGGAGAAAGCGUGGAAGAGAACGCCAACGUUGUGGUACGUCUUCUCAUUCGAAGACCUGAGUGCUUUGGUCCGGCUCUGAGAGGCGAGGGUGGUAAUGGUCUGCUGGCUGCUGUAGAGGAAGCCAUCAAAAUAUCAGAGGACCCUGCAAGGGAUGGUCCCAGCAUUAAGAAAGACAGACGUUUUCCCAUGUUUGGAGGAGAGGAGCAGCACGAGGAGAACAAGGUGCACCUGGGAAAUGCCAUCAUGUCCUUCUACUCGGCUCUCAUUGACCUCCUGGGGCGGUGUGCUCCAGAGAUGCAUCUGAUCCAAGCUGGAAAGGGUGAAGCUCUUAGGAUCAGGGCGAUUCUGAGGUCUUUGGUUCCUAUCGAGGAUCUUGUGGGAGUCAUCAGUCUUCCUGUUCAGAUUCCUGCUUUGGGGAAAGACAACAGCAUCAUAGAGCCAAAGAUGUCCGCUAGUUUUGUGCCAGACCACAAGGCCCCCAUGGUGCUGUUCCUGGAUAGAGUUUACGGUAUUGACAAUCAGGAUUUCCUGCUCCAUGUGCUGGAGGUGGGCUUCUUACCUGACAUGAGGGCUGCUGCCUCUCUGGACACAGCUGCUUUCAGUACAACAGAGAUGGCUCUGGCCUUGAACCGUUACUUGUGUUCUGCUGUGUUGCCACUCAUCACCAAGUGUGCACCCCUGUUCGCUGGCAGUGACCACAGAGCCAUAAUGAUAGACUCCAUGUUGCACACCAUCUACCGAUUGUCUAGAGGGCGAGCCUUCACAAAGGCACAGAGAGACAUUUUAGAGGAGUGUCUCAUGGCUUUGUGCAAAAAUCUGCGUCCGGCCAUGCUUCAGCACCUGCUCCGGCGGCUGGUGUUUGAUGUACCCAUUUUAAAUGAGUAUGCGAAAAGGCCGCUGAAGCUGCUGACCAGUCACUAUGAGCGUUGUUGGAAAUAUUACUGCCUCCCAAAUGGUUGGGCCAACUUUGGACUUGCCUCAGAGGAAGAGCUGCACUUGACUCGCAAACUUUUCUGGGGGAUCUUCGAAUCACUGGCCCACAAGAAAUUUGAUGCUGAAAUUUUCAAGAUCUCAAUGCCCUGCCUCUGUGCCAUCGCUGGAGCCAUUCCUCCGGAUUAUGUGGAUGCCAGCUACUCCUCCAAAACGGAGAAAAAGGCUUCAGUAGAUGCAGAGGGAAACUUUGAUCCUAAACCAGUCGAGACCACAAACACCAUUAUCCCCGAGAGACUGGAUCCCUUUAUCAACAAAUAUGCUGAAUACACCCAUGAUAAAUGGGCCUUUGAAAAGAUUCAGAAUAACUGGUCAUACGGAGAGGUGCUGGACGAGAAUGCAAAGACCCAUCCCAUGCUCAGACCGUACAAAACCUUCUCAGAGAAGGACAAAGAGAUCUACCGCUGGCCGAUUAAAGAGUCAAUAAAAGCCAUGCUGGCAUGGGAGUGGAACAUAGAGAAAGCUAGAGAGGAAGAGGAGUCAGAGAAGAAAAAGGCUGCUUCCAGAAAAAUUUCCCAGACUGCUCAGGCAACUUAUGACCCGAGCCAUGGCUACAGCCCCCAGCCCAUUGACAUCUUACACAUGGCUCUUUCAAGAGAUCUGCAGUCAAUGGCGGAGCAACUGGCUGAAAAUUAUCAUAACACUUGGGGACGCAAGAAAAAGUUAGAGCUCCAAGCAAAAGGAGGGGGGACACAUCCUCUGCUGGUGCCCUACGACACUCUGACAGCUAAAGAGAAGGCCCGGGACAGAGAGAAGGCCUAUGAGUUGCUCAAGUUCCUGCAACUUAAUGGAUAUGCUGUCACAAGGGGCCUGAAAGACAUGGAGUCUGAGAUAUCAUCCAUUGAAAAGAGGUUUGCUUAUGGCUUCCUGCAGAAGCUGUUGAAAUGGAUGGAAAUAGCCCAGGAGUUCAUUGCUCAUCUUGAGGCUGUGGUGAGCAGUGGACGAGUGGAAAAAUCUCCUCAUGAACAAGAAAUCAAAUUUUUUGCUAAGAUCUUGAUGCCUUUAAUCAACCAGUAUUUCAAAAACCACUGCCUCUACUUCUUAUCAACACCUGCAAAAGUUCUUGGCAGUGGUGGCCAUUCUUCCAACAAAGAGAAAGAGAUGAUUGCAAGUAUCUUCUGUAAGAUGGCUGCUUUGGUGAGGCACAGAGUUUCUCUCUUUGGAACAGAUGCUUCUGCAAUAGUUAACUGUCUUCACAUCCUGGCCCGGUCAUUGGAUGCAAGGACUGUGAUGAAAUCAGGGCCUGAGAUUGUGAAAGCAGGCUUGCGGUCAUUCUUUGAAAGUGCAGCUGAUGAUAUGGAGAAGAUGGUGGAGAACCUCAAACUGGGCAAAGUAUCCAAAGGCAAUCAGCAAGUGAAAGGUGUUUCUCAGAAUAUCAACUACACAACUAUUGCCCUGCUGCCGGUGCUUACCUCCCUGUUUGAUCACAUUGCUCAGCAUCUAUUUGGAGAUGAUGUUAUUUUGGAUGAUCUGCAGAUUUCCUGUUAUCGCAUCAUGUGUAGCAUCUACUCAGUUGGGACUGUCAAGAACCCACAUGUUGAGAGGCAAAGACCAGCUCUUGGGGAGUGUUUGGCUCAUCUUGCAGCAGCAAUGCCAGUGGCCUACUUAGAACCUCAUGUAAAUGAAUUCAAUGCUUUCUCUGUGUAUACCACAAAGACACCAAGGGAGAGAGCAAUUCUGGGUCUUCCCAAUGCGGUUCAGGAGUUGUGUCCUGACAUCCCACCACUAGACCUUCUGCUAAAGGAGAUUGGAGACUUGGCAGAGUCGGGAGCUCGCUAUACAGAGAUGCCGCAUGUGAUUGAAAUCACUCUACCAAUGCUGUGCAACUACCUGCCCCGGUGGUGGGAGAGAGGACAUGAAAACUUUCCAGAGAUGGAGGGUCAACUCUGCACUGAGGUCACUUCAGAUCAUUUGAAUCAGCUUCUGGGCAGCAUCAUGAAAAUUGUAGUCAACAAUCUAGGUAUUGAUGAAGCCUCAUGGAUGAAGAGAUUGGCUGUGUUUUCACAGCCCAUUGUGAGCAGGGCAAAGCCAGAAAUGCUUAAAUCCCACUUCAUUCCAACAAUGGAGAAGCUGAAGAAACGCACAUCAAAGGUGGUGGCUGAGGAGGACCAUUUGCGGAUGGAGGGGAAAUCAGAGGGGGAUGAAGAGGAUGGAACAAUACGUGAUGAAUUUGCUGUACUCUGCAGAGACUUGUAUGCCCUCUAUCCUCUACUUAUUCGCUAUGUAGACAACAACAGGGCAAGGUGGUUGACAUGUCCUGAUCCAGAUGCAGAGGAGCUCUUCCGAAUGGUUGGAGAAGUCUUUAUUUUCUGGUCCAAGUCUCAUAACUUCAAGCGAGAAGAACAGAACUUUGUGGUGAUGAAUGAGAUAAAUAAUAUGUCAUUCCUCACUGCUGACAGCAAGAGCAAAAUGAGCAAGGGCGGGGACACAGAGGGUGGAGGGUCAGACACUGAGCGCACCAAGAAGAAGAAACGUGGAGACCGUUAUUCUGUUCAGACAUCGCUUAUUGUUGCUGCCUUGAAGAAGAUGCUCCCCAUAGGCCUGAACAUGUGCUCUCCUGCUGAUCAGGAGCUCAUCAACUUGGCCAAAGUCCGCUACUCUUUAAGAGACACAGAUGAAGAAGUAAGAGAGUUCCUGCAGAACAACCUCCAUCUUCAGGGCAAGGUGGACAACCCCUCCAUGCGCUGGCAGAUGGCCCUGUACAAAGAGAUGGCAGGAAAGGCUGAAGAUGCUGAUGCUCCCGAUAAAGUUGUCAAGAGAGUGCAGGAGGUGUCUGCUGUUCUGUAUCAUCUUGAAGUGACGGAGCAUCCUUUUAAAUCUAAGAAAAUGGUGUGGCAUAAAUUGCUGUCUAAGCAGAGACGCAGGGCUGUUGUGGCCUGCUUCAGAAUGACACCACUCUACAACAUUGCAAGGCACAGAGCUUCAAACAUGUUCCUGGAGGGGUACAAACGCAACUGGAUUCACUCUGAGGGUUACUCAUUUGAGGACAGGAUGAUAGAUGAUUUAUCUAAAGCAAUGGAGCAGGAGGAAGCAGAGGAAGAAGAGGAGAAGGAAACAAAGCCGGAUCCCCUCCACCAGCUUAUUCUUCACUUCAGUCGAACAGCUCUGACAGAAAAGAGUAAACUUGAUACAGAUCAUCUAUAUAUGGCAUAUGCAGACAUCAUGGCAAAGAGUUGCCAUAUUGGUGAAGAAGAAGAAGUGGGAGAGGAAAUGAUGGAACAAUCUGAAGAUGAGAUGUCCUUUGAGGAAAAAGAAAUGGAGAAGCAAAGGCUUUUAUACCAGCAGUCCAGACUUCAUAACCGUGGUGCUGCAGAAAUGGUCCUGCAAAUGAUAAGUGCCUGCAAAGGAGAAACUGGCCCUAUGGUAUCUACAACCCUCAAGCUGGGUAUUUCUAUCCUCAACGGCGGAAACAGCGAGGUUCAGCGGAAAAUGUUGGAGUACCUGAAAGACAAAAAGGAUGUGGGCUUCUUUUUGAGUGUCCAAGCUCUAAUGCAGACUUGUUGCGUACUGGAUUUAAAUGCCUUUGAGAGGCAGAACAAGGCUGAGGGGCUUGGCAUGGUUUCAGAGGAAGGAACAAACAUGAACCUAGAUCGGGAUGAGAAAGUCAUGGCAGAUGAUGAAUUUACCUGUGACAUUUUCCGUUUCCUGCAACUUCUCUGUGAAGGCCACAAUAAUGAUUUUCAAAACUACUUGCGGACACAGACAGGAAGCACAACUAGCAUUAACGUCAUCAUCUGCACUGUGGAUUACCUCCUUCGACUCCAGGAAUCUAUCAGUGAUUUUUACUGGUAUUAUUCUGGAAAGGAUAUCAUCGACGAUCCAGGCAAAAAAAAUUUCUCCAAAGCGAUGACUGUGGCAAAACAGAUUUUUAACAGUUUAACGGAAUAUAUUCAGGGCCCAUGUACAGGCAACCAGCAGUCCCUAGCUCACAGCCGACUGUGGGAUGCUAUCGUCGGAUUCCUUCAUGUGUUUGCCCACAUGAUGAUGAAGCUGGCACAGGACUCUAGCCAGAUUGUUCUACUGAAGGAGCUUCUUGACCUCCAGAAAGACAUGGUUGUUAUGUUGCUCUCACUAUUAGAGGGAAACAUAGUGAAUGGUACAAUUGCUCGCCAGAUGGUGGACAUGUUGGUGGAGUCCUCCAGCAAUGUUGAAAUGAUUCUCAAGUUUUUUGACAUGUUCCUCAAACUGAAAGAUAUUGUAGCUUCAGACGCUUACCGUGAUUACGUCACCGACCCCCGAGGGCUGAUCUCUAAAAAGGACUUCCAGAAGGCCAUGGACAGUCAGAAGCAGUACUCUCCCUCGGAGAUACAGUUUCUUCUGUCCUGCUCAGAAGCAGAUGAAAAUGACAUGAUCCAUUAUGAGGAGUUUGCCAAUCGUUUCCAAGAACCAGCCAAGGACAUUGGGUUCAACAUCGCAGUGCUGCUCACCAACCUUUCUGAGCAUGUGCCCCAUGACACCCGACUGCAGAACUUCCUUGAGCAAGCAGAGAGCGUACUCAACUAUUUCCGCCCGUUCCUUGGCCGCAUUGAGAUAAUGGGUGCCAGCAGAAAGAUUGAGCGCAUCUACUUUGAAAUCAGCGAAGUCAAUCGCAGACAGUGGGAAAUGCCACAAGUCCGAGAGUCCAAACGGCAGUUCAUCUUUGACGUCGUCAAUGAGGGCGGGGAAUCCGAGAAGAUGGAGAUGUUUGUCAACUUCUGUGAAGACACUAUCUUUGAGAUGAAUAUCGCAUCACAGAUUUCAGAGCAGGAAGAAGAGGAGAAGGGAGAAGAGGACGAUGAAGGAGAUGAGGGUGGGGCCGAGGGAGUAGUGGGUGGGGCCGCAGGUGGAGGAGGGGACGAAGAAAGUAAUGGUGACGAAGGUCGGCUCGAAUCAACCUCAGCCUUUACAGACUUCCUUCAUAGCAUGUCAAGCUUCCUGAGCAUCUUCACCUUCCGUAACCUCCGCAGACAGUAUCGCAGAGUCAGAAAGAUGACCUUUAAGGAGAUCGUGGUGGCUUUGUCCACGUUCUUCUGGGCAAUCCUAAUGAGCAUCCUACACUUCAUUUACAAUGUGUGCAAAGGCUUCUUUAUGAUCAUCUGGCAAGCGUUGUUUGGAGGUGGAUUGGUGGAGGGAGCUAAAAACAUCACAGUCACAGAGAUCCUAGCAAGUAUGCCAGAUCCCACUCAAGAUGACGUGCAUGGAGAUGGUCCGGGGGAGAUGGGGACAGGUGAAGAACAAGACACUGGAGGGAUAACAGACACCGGGGAGUCGGGGAGCGGUGAAGAGGAAGAGGAGGAUACGCAGGAAAAUGAAGGAGGAAGAAUUCCAGGUAUGGAUGCUCCAGGUGGACUUGGAGAUAUGGGUAUUGAGGAACCAGUUGAGCCUCCGACUCCUGAAGGCUCUCCCAUUACAAAGAGAAAAAUGCCGCCAGAUGAGUCUAAUGCAAGCCAAAAACCACCUGAGCCUGCUCCUGUGGAAGAAACUCCUCCAGAGCCAGAAAAGUCAGAUGUUGAAACAAGAGAAAAAACUGAGAAAGAAGCCAAGAGCAAAGAAGAAGAAAAGCCAAAAUCACCAAAGACAUGUCCAGCCAAAAAAGAGAAGAAGCUCAAGAGGCACGAAGGUUUUCAAAUCUGGGCUGAGCUGGAAACUCAAAGAAAUAAAUUCAUGAACUACCUCUCCAGAAACUUCUACAAUUUGCGAUUUUUGGCCUUGUUCCUUGCAUUUGCCCUGAACUUCAUUCUUUUGUUCUACAAGGUCUCUGAUACUCCGCCUGAAGGGGAGGAGAUGGAGGGAUAUGGACUGUCAGAGGGAAGUGGGCUGUUCGAAGGUUCUGGCUUGUUUGAGGGAUCUGGGGAUGAAGCUGAAGGAUCUGGAGCAGAUGGCGGAGGAGAGGAAAAUGAAGAAGAUGUUUUACUUUAUUACUAUUUAGAGGAGAGCACUGGAUACAUGCAGCCCACACUAGCAUUCAUAGCCAUCCUGCAUACAGUCAUUUCAUUCAUCUGUAUCAUUGGUUACAACUGUUUGAAGAUCCCGUUGGUGAUAUUUAAAAGGGAAAAGGAACUUGCAAGAAAGCUCGAGUUUGAUGGCCUCUACAUCACAGAGCAACCGGAGGAUGAUGACAUCAAGGGCCAGUGGGAUCGCCUAGUCCUGAAUACACCCUCUUUCCCAAACAACUACUGGGAUAAAUUUGUCAAACGAAAAGUCCUGGAUAAGUAUGGAGACAUCUAUGGGAGAGAGCGAAUCGCUGAGCUGCUGGGAGUUGAUUUAGCCUCCCUGGAUGUCAGUCAACAACAUGAGAAGAAACAAGAGGAACCAGACAACUCUGUCUUUGCAUGGGUGACCUCCAUUGACAUCAAGUACCGGAUUUGGAAAUUUGGAGUUGUGUUCACAGAUGGUACUUUCCUUUAUCUUUGCUGGUACCUGGUGAUGUCCUUGUUUGGUCAUUACAACAAUUUCUUCUUUGCCUGUCAUUUGCUGGACAUUGCCAUGGGUGUCAAGACUCUGCGCACUAUCCUGUCCUCAGUUACACACAAUGGCAAACAGCUUAUGAUGACAGUGGGCUUACUGGCUGUGGUGGUGUAUCUUUACACCGUCGUUGCUUUCAAUUUCUUCCGCAAGUUUUACAACAAGAGCGAGGAUGAAGAUGAGCCCGACAUGAAAUGCGAUGACAUGAUGACUUGUUACCUGUUCCAUAUGUACGUGGGUGUGCGUGCUGGUGGAGGCAUCGGAGAUGAGAUAGAGGAUCCUGCAGGAGAUGAAUAUGAGCUUUAUCGAGUGGUCUUUGACAUAACUUUCUUCUUCUUCGUCAUUGUCAUUCUGCUGGCCAUUAUUCAGGGUCUGAUUAUUGAUGCCUUUGGAGAACUCAGAGACCAACAGGAGCAAGUUAAGGAGGACAUGGAGACAAAAUGCUUCAUAUGUGGCAUUGGAAGUGACUACUUUGAUACGACACCACACGGCUUUGAGACCCACACCUUUGACGAACAUAACUUGGCCAACUACAUGUUCUUCUUGAUGUAUCUCAUCAACAAAGAUGAGACUGAGCACACUGGGCAGGAGUCAUACGUGUGGAAGAUGUACCAGGAGCGAUGCUGGGACUUCUUUCCUGCUGGAGACUGUUUCAGAAAGCAAUAUGAGGAUCAGCUUUCCUAAACUGACAAAUAAAAAAUGUUUAGGUUUGGAAGGAAGCCUGUGCCUAAACCGCAACUCUAAUCAUCUAGCAAGCCACACUGCACACUCACCUAUGCAGCCUACUUUCUCUAAUGCUCUUAAUCUAAUCUUCCCUCCCUGUCAUCUGUUCAUCUUCUGUCUGAUGAUCAUUAUAUAUCUUCUCUUCUGACCCAUCCUCCUCAUUCCUCUUUUAGGACCACUCAUUUCCAUCCAGAAUAGGUUAUUUUUAGAACUCAGUGAUUUUAAUGGUUGACAGUACGUAAGGUCAAGUAAGCACACAAUGCACAUGUAUGUAAUAACAUUAAAAUCUUUAUAUGGAGCCAUAGGUUUGAGCUUUAUAAGUAAUUUGUUGGGCAUCCAUUUUCACUUUGUGAUUUAUUAAUUUUUUUAUUUCCAGUUUGUUGAUUUUAAAAUGUUUGAGUUUAAUUCAUUGUAUUCUUUAUUAAACCUUAUGUGUGGAUUUG